UUAGCUGCAGACUACGCGAUGAGCAGAUCCCUGUUUCUAAUUCUUCUCGUCCUGGCGUUCUUCGGGCCCGGAAUUCUCCAGGCCCGCUCUUUGCCGGAGGGCCAGAGCCACCGGUUCGUGCGUCGGCGCAUCUCGCCCCAUGAUCCCGAUCUCGAGAUCAUCGAGGUCAAGGAGGUCUACUAUGUGCGGCGGCCCAAGAAGGUGGUCGUUCCACUGGACGAAGACGAACUGGACCGGCGGAUUCGCUGCGACUUCGAGCCAAGUCUAGCGGAGUGCAGGGAUUUAACUAAGAAACCUGUGGCCCCAAAAAGGCUACCCACCACGACAACCACUACUACAACCACUGAGGCCCCUACGACCUCUACAACCACCACUCGCAGAACCACCACCACCACCACUCAGGAACCACUGAGGGAUGAGUCCAUGGAGCGCAGCAUUCGCUGUGAAUUUGAUCCCACGGCAGAGGAAUGUACACCUUCAACCACUUCUACUACUACAACAACAACAACCACCACCACAACGGAGUUACCUCCCCUCCCUGAACUUAAAGAACCGGAAGUGGAAACCGAAGAGGAACCACAAGACUAUGUAGAUCCCGAAAUCGAUUCAGAAAGCGGCAAGGAAGAAGUCACCGAGGAAAUCCCCGAAGAAGUCACCGAAGAAACCACCGAAAAAUUCCCGGAAGAAAGUCCCGAGGAAGUUACCGAGGAAAUCGUCGAGGAACCGAAUCCCGAUGAUGACAUCGCUUUGGCAGAAGACGAUGGCGAGGGCGACGACGAUGAUGAGACCGAGGAUCCGGAGGACCAAGAGGACGAAGCGGACUUGGAGGAUAUGUACGAUGCGAAUCCCAAUCCUGGGGAAACCCACUCAAUUGGUGCUCACGAUGGCGGCACCUGGAACUACAGCCAGAAUUAAGUAGCCUUAAUUGGGUGUCAAUAAAAUGGCAAUUACGGAA